GGGUCGCGCCCUGGGAGAGGCGCGGGGGAGGUAGCUCCACGGGCCGCGCCGAGCAGGGAGCGACCAUAGCUGCUUCUCCCAGGGUAGCGGGUGAACGGAAACCGAGCGAGAACGUGGGCUGGGGACGCGAGGAGGGGAAGUCUGUGUAUGCAUGUGGCAACAGCCAACCUGAACAACCUCAACGGGGAGAAAGAAACGCAGCUACAAAGGUGGGGGACUUGCCCCGACUUGGCAUAACUUCUUAAGGGACUUGGACUAGCGAGUCGUCUAGGCAAGAGCGCUUGCUUUCGCUGCGCCCCCGCCCCUCCGUCUGGCUUCCUUUUUGACAGUGCAAGCAACUGGGAGACUCCGCAGAAUUGGAAAAGUUUGUUGCACUUCAAUCAUGUCUCAAUGUUGGAGACACCCACCCUCUGCAGCCCUGUCUGCCCUGACUGGAUCAGAUCUGCCAGGAGUCAGGAAGGGACUUCCUGUUCCAGCAUAAAGGAGAAGAUCCCCGAACUACGGAGACGAGGCCUGCCCGUGGCUCGCGUUGCUGAUGCCAUCCCCUACUGCUCUUCAGACUGGGCGCUCCUGCAGGAGGAAGACAAGGAGAAAUACGCAGAAAUGGCUCGAGAAUGGAGGGCUGCCCAGGGAAAGGACCCUGGGCCUUCAGAGAAGCAGAAACCUGUUUCCAUGCCACUGAGGAGGCCAGGCAUGCUCGUACCAAAGCAGAAUGUUUCGCCCCCAGAUAUGUCAACUUUGUCUCUAAAAAGUGAUCAAGCUGUCCUUGGAGGCAUUUUUUAUUUUUUGAACAUUUUUAGCCAUGGCGAGCUGCCACCUCAUUGUGAACAACGCUUUCUCCCUUGUGAAAUUGGCUGUGUUAAAUAUUCUCUCCAAGAAGGUAUUCUGGCAGAUUUCCACAGUUUUAUAAAUCCUGGUGAAAUUCCACGAGGAUUUCGGUUUCAUUGUCAGGCUGCAAGUGAUUCUAGUCACAAGAUUCCUAUUUCAAACUUUGAAUAUGGGCAUGACCAAGCAGCUGUGUUACAAAACCUUUAUAGAUUUAUUCGUCCAUACCCAGGGAAUUGGCCACCUAUUUACUGCAAGUCUGAUGAUAGAGCCAGAGUGAACUGGUGUUUGAAACACAUGGCAAAGAGAUCAGAAAUCAGGCAAGAUCUAGAACUUCUCACUGUAGAGGACCUUGUAGUGGGGAUUUACCAGCAAAAAUUUCUCAAAGAGCCCUCCAAGACCUGGGUUCGAAGUCUCCUAGAUGUGGCCAUGUGGGAUUAUUCUAGCAACACAAGGUGCAAGUGGCAUGAAGAAAAUGAUAUUCUCUUCUGUGCUUUAGCUGUUUGCAGGAAGAUUGCGUACUGCAUCAGUAAUUCUCUGGCCACUCUCUUUGGACUCCAGCUCACGGAGGCUCAUGUACCACUACAAGAUUAUGAGGCCAGCAAUUGUGUGACACCCAAAAUGGUUGUAUUGGAUGCAGGGCGUUACCAGAAGCUAAGGGUCGAGAGUCCAGGAUUCUCUCAUUUCAACUCUUCUAAUCAGGAACAAAGAUCAAACACACCGAUCGGUGACUACCCAUCUGGGGUGAAAAUUUCUGGCCAAAACAGCAGUGUUCGGGGAAGAGGGAUUACCCGUUUACUAGAGAGCAUCUCCAAUUCCUCCAGCAAUAUCCACAAAUUCUCCAACUGUGAGACUUCACUCUCACCUUAUGUGUCCCAAAAAGAUGGAUACAAAUCUUUCUCUUCCUUAUCUUAAUGAUGGUACUUUUUUCAAUUUCUGGAAAAAUAACAGGCCCAACUUCCCUUCUGACUACAGUCAUAUUAAACAAAUAGAUCACAUCAAUGGUAAAUAUCACUACUGUAAAAACUACUUAAUUUGUAAGGAAAUUCUGUUUCAUAGAUUAAAAAUAAUUGUGGUUGGAGAAGAUCUUGGCAUUUUGCCCCCUUUAUUUUUUUGAGGGGUGUUUUUACUUCCUGAUUGGUUAUACCAUUCAAGUUGUAAGUCCUUAACAAAACUGGCAUUUUCAAAGUUGUGCUUUUGAGAAUGUUAUAAAUUGAUAAUAACUGUCCCUCAACAAUAAAAGUAUCAAAUAUCUGUUACGAAAGGUUCUA